CGUCCUUCCUGACCUGCGCGCGCAUCCCUCCGCAGCCGCUGCCCGGUUUUCUCCCUCCGCCGGCGCGGGACCCGGAGGCAGCCCGGGGCGCCGAGCCGAGCCUGCGAGCCAAGUCUCUUCGAACUCCGCAGCCCGUCGCCGCGGCAGCAUGAGCGUGCGCGGCCCAGCCCUCGGCCUCCUCCUGCUGCUCUUCUGCCCGGCGCAGGUAUUUUCACAAUCCUGCAUUUGGUAUGGGGAGUGUGGAAUCGCAUCUGGAGAUAAGAGAUACAACUGCAGAUAUUCUGGGCCACCAAAUCCAUUGCCACAUAAUGGCUAUGACCUAGUGCAGGAGCUCUGUCCAGGGUUCUUCUUUGGCGAAGUCAGGCUUUGCUGUGAUGUCCAGCAGCUUCACACACUGAAAGACAACCUGCAGCUGCCUCUGCAGUUUCUGUCCAGAUGUCCAUCCUGUUUUUAUAACCUAGUGAACCUGUUUUGUGAGCUGACAUGUAGCCCUCGACAAAGUCAGUUUCUGAAUGUUACAGUGGCUGAAGAUUAUGUUGAUCCUACUACGAAUGAGACGAGAACAAAUGUAAAAGAAUUACAGUACUAUGUUGGAGAGCGUUUUGCCAAUGCCAUGUACAACGCCUGCCGGGAUGUGGAGGCCCCCUCGAGCAACGAGAAGGCCCUGGGGCUGCUGUGUGGGCGUGAGGCCAGCGCCUGCAACGCUACCAACUGGAUCGAGUACAUGUUCAACAAGGACAAUGGCCAGGCGCCCUUCACCAUCACCCCUGUCUUUUCAGAUCUUCCGACCCAUGGGAUGCAGCCCAUGAACAAUGCCACCAAGGGCUGUGACGAGUCGGUGGACGAGGUCACGGGGCCGUGCAGCUGCCAGGACUGCUCGGCUGUCUGCGGCCCCAAGCCCCAGCCCCCGCCCCCUCCCGUUCCCUGGAGAAUCCUGGGUCUCGACGCCAUGUACGUCAUCAUGUGGAGCACCUACAUGGCUUUCCUGCUCGUGUUUUUUGGAGCGUUCUUUGCUGUGUGGUGCUACAGAAAACGGUAUUUUGUCUCUGAGUUUACCCCCAUUGAUGGCAAUAUACCUUUUAUAAACGCUAGUGACAAAGGGGGGCCAACCUGCUGUGACCCUCUGGGCGCCGCCUUGGAGGCCCAUCUGCGGCGGCUCUUCGAACGGUGGGGUUCCUUCUGUGUGAGGUACCCCGGCUGUGUCGUGUUCUUCUCCGUGGCCUUCAUCGCCACCUGUUCCUCAGGCCUGGUGUUCAUCCAGGUCACAACCGACCCGGUGGACCUCUGGUCGGCCCCCGGCAGCCAGGCCCGCCAGGAGAAGGAGUACUUCGACACGCACUUCGGGCCCUUCUUCCGCACCGAGCAGCUCAUCAUCCGGGCCCCCAACACCCCGCCGCACACAUACGAGCCCUACCCCUCCGGAGCCGACGUGCCCUUCGGGCCUCCCCUCGCCAUAGACAUUCUGCACCAGGUCCUUGACUUACAAACCGCCAUCGAGAGCAUCACUGCUUCUUACAACAACGAGACUGUGACCCUGCGGGACAUCUGUGUGGCGCCCCUCUCGCCAUACAACCAGAACUGCACCGUCCUGAGCGUGCUGAAUUACUUCCAGAACAGCCACUCCGUUCUGGACCAUCAGGUCGGGGACGACUUCUUUGUGUACGCGGAUUACCACACGCACUUCCUCUACUGUGUCCGGGCUCCUGCUUCCCUGAAUGACACCAGUUUGCUCCACGAUCCUUGCCUGGGGACGUUUGGUGGCCCAGUGUUUCCAUGGCUUGUGCUUGGAGGCUAUGAUGAUCAAAACUACAAUAACGCCACAGCCCUUGUGAUCACUUUUCCUGUCAAUAAUUACUAUAACGAUACAGAGAAGCUCCAGAGGGCCCAGGCCUGGGAAAGAGAGUUCAUUAAUUUUGUGAAAAACUACGAGAAUCCCAAUCUGACCAUUUCUUUUAAGGCUGAACGAAGCAUUGAAGAUGAACUAAACCGUGAAAGUAACAGUGACGUCUUCACUGUUCUGAUCAGCUAUGGCGUCAUGUUUUUAUAUAUUUCCAUAGCCUUGGGGCAUAUCAAAAGCUGUCGCAGGCUUCUGGUGGAUUCGAAAAUCUCCCUGGGCAUUGCCGGGGUCCUGAUUGUGUUGAGCUCAGUGGCCUGCUCCUUGGGCAUCUUCAGCUACAUCGGGGUGCCCCUGACCCUCAUUGUGAUCGAAGUCAUCCCAUUCCUCGUGCUGGCUGUGGGGGUGGACAACAUCUUCAUCCUGGUCCAGACCUACCAGAGAGAUGAACGUCUUCAAGGGGAAACCCUGGACCAACAGGUGGGCCGGGUCCUGGGAGAAGUGGCUCCCAGCAUGUUCCUCUCAUCCUUCGCAGAGACGGUAGCGUUUUUCUUAGGAGGCCUGUCCGUGAUGCCGGCCGUGCACACGUUCUCCCUCUUCGCGGGCAUGGCGGUCCUCAUCGACUUCCUCCUGCAGAUCACCUGCUUCGUGAGCCUCCUGGGCUUGGACAUUAAGCGGCAAGAGAAGAACCAGCUGGACGUUCUCUGCUGUGUCAAGGGGGCGGCAGACGACACAGGCAUCCAGGCCUCCGAGAGCUGCUUGUUCCGCUUCUUCAGAAACUCCUAUGCCCCGCUUCUGCUCAAGGACUGGAUGCGGCCCCUCGUGGUAGCAGUAUUUGUGGGUGUGCUGUCGUUCAGCAUCGCAGUCCUGAACAAAGUAGAGAUCGGAUUGGAUCAGUCUCUUUCAAUGCCGGAUGACUCCUACAUGACGGAUUACUUCCAGUCCCUGAAUCAGUACCUGCACGCAGGCCCACCUGUGUACUUCGUGCUGGAGGAGGGCCACGACUACACGUCCACAAAGGGUCAGAACAUGGUGUGUGGGGGCCUCGGCUGCAACAACGACUCGCUGGUGCAGCAGGUCUUCACGGCCGCCCAGCUGGACAACUACACCCGGAUAGGCUUUGCCCCGUCGUCCUGGAUUGACGAUUACUUUGACUGGGUCAAGCCUCAAUCAUCUUGCUGUCGCAUCUACAACAGCACGGAGCAGUUCUGCAAUGCGUCGGUGGUCGACCCUGCCUGUGUCCGCUGCCGGCCGCUGACUCCGGAGGGCAAGCAGAGACCUCAGGGCGCAGACUUCAUGAGGUUCCUGCCCAUGUUCCUCUCCGACAACCCGAACCCCAAGUGUGGCAAAGGGGGACAUGCUGCCUACAGCGCGGCCGUCAACAUCCUGGACAACGGCACGAGCGUGGGAGCCACAUAUUUCAUGACCUACCACACGGUGCUGCAGACCUCGGCUGACUUCAUCGAUGCCAUGGAGAAGGCCCGCCUCAUCGCCAACAACAUCACCAGGACCAUGAACCAGCAAGGGGGUGAUCACCGGGUGUUCCCAUACAGCGUGUUCUACGUCUUCUAUGAGCAGUACCUGACCAUGAUUGACGACACCGUCUUCAACCUCGGCGUGUCCCUGGGCGCCAUCUUCCUGGUGGCCGUGGGCCUCCUGGGCUGUGAGCUGUGGGCCGCGGGCAUCAUGUGCGCCACCAUCGCCAUGAUCCUCGUCAACAUGUUCGGCGUCAUGUGGCUGUGGGGCAUCAGCCUGAACGCGGUUUCUCUGGUCAACCUGGUCAUGAGCUGCGGCAUCUCCGUGGAGUUCUGUAGCCACAUCACGAGGGCGUUCACGGUGAGCACAAAGGGCAGCCGCGUGGAGCGGGCAGAGGAGGCGCUCUCCCACAUGGGCAGCUCUGUAUUCAGUGGAAUCACACUAACGAAAUUUGGAGGCAUUAUCGUGUUGGCCUUUGCCAAAUCUCAAAUUUUCCAGAUAUUUUACUUCAGGAUGUAUUUAGCUAUGGUCUUACUGGGAGCCAGUCAUGGACUAAUAUUCCUCCCUGUCUUACUCAGUUACAUAGGACCAUCAAUAAAUAAAGCCAAAAGUCUGACCACGCAGCAGCGAUACAGAGGUACAGAGCGAGAACAGCUCCUCAACUUCUAGCUGCCCCCUCACGGACCUGAGACUGUGUCUGCGGGUCGGUUGGUUUACCACUGGACAGCACCACGUCGUCAAGGCUUGGUUGAACCCUGGACGUGAGCAAGCAUCAGGCUACUUAACAGCAGCCGCUUUGGCUGGAGCGCUUUUAAACUCAGGAAUGCAGACUCUGACUGGAGGCAGUAUUACUGAACCUGCAGGCAGCCCCAGGGUGCUGGAGCACCUUUCGGUUCCCCAGGAAUGAGGCCUGGUUCUCGGGCAGCCAGAGGGGGCGCUAGGGAGCCUGCGAUCUGCUCACUGACACUUCCUAAAGGCCAAUCAAUGCAAUGUUUCUCCUUUUUCAGGAGUAAGCCAUCACACAAGUUCUACACCUUAUUUUUAGUAACAUUUGAGGAUGUGGUAGAUACAUACUUUAUUACAACAUUUUGUAGUUUAAAGAGCUUUAUUAAUGCAAUAAAUUAACUCUGUACACAUUAUAUAUAUAUAUAUAUAAAACUAGCAAGUGACCUCAGAACGUUGUAGGCCUCAUUAGAGCUUGGUCUCCGAAAACUUGUUUGAAAAAAGCGACAUGUUCCUCACAGUGUUCUUCUGUAAAGGAAAAUGCAGAUUUAAUCCGUUAAGACGAGGCACAAAGGCAGGAAAACAAGGGAAUCCUUUGCGGCUCCUAGAUAUGGAUACAGGGUUUUAACUUCUUUUUCAAUCAUAAAAUACUUUGUUUUCCUAA